AUGAACAUCAUCAAGUUGAUUCUGGCGGUCCUGAUGCUGAUUCCUGUACUUCUUCUGCUUCUGUGGAUGAGGAAGAAGAAAGCUCUGAGCUCCACCACUGACCUGAAUGAACCUGUAGAGACUAUAGAGUUGGACUCUCGUCUUGACUAUGAGAACGUCUCAGACUUGCAGGUCGUCACUGCAGCACAGACAGAAGACACAGAGGAGAAGGAAGACCUGCAAUCACAGAAGACGAGCAUCUUAACAGACAACACCCUUCUCUGCUUGGUACAGGGUCAGAAUGGCUGGGGAGUGACUUACACUCCUACUCAGAUCUGUGCCUUAAAAGGAUCAACAGUGGUUAUACGCUGCACCUACAGAUACCCAUCCUGGAUAAAUAACCAUUUUACUGCAGUUGAUGAAACAUUCUGGUUCACAAAAGAGAGUAAUGGUGUUUAUGUAGAUCUGAGAACAGACCCAGAGUACGCAGGUCGUGUGCAGUAUCACUGUUAUAAGACCGACUACAGCUAUUCAUGUGCUUUGAAAGGACAUGAGGAGUUUCCCUCUCCUUCAGUCAAUGCCCCAAAGCUUCCCUCUGUGUCAGUGCGUCCCUCUGCUGAGAUAGUGGAGGGCAGUUCAGUGACUCUGAACUGUAGCAGUGAUGCUAACCCAGCAGCUAAUUACACCUGGUACAAGAAGAAUGUAAAUCUAGACCUUCAACCUCUCAGUAAAGAACCACAGCUUGUCUUCAGCUCCAUCCAGUCCUCUGACUCUGGAGAUUAUUACUGUGCAGCUGAGAACCAGCUGGGGAAGAGGACAUCUGAAUACAUCUUUAUUGAUGUGAAAUAUGCUCCAACACUUCCCUCUGUGUCAGUGAGUCCCUCUGCUGAGAUAGUGGAGGGCAGUUCAGUGACUCUGACCUGUAACAGUGAUGCUAACCCAGCAGCUAGUUACACCUGGUACAAGAAGAACCAAAUACUGCAACAAGGACCAGAAGGAAUUUAUUAUUUCACUUCCAUUAGCUAUAAAGACAGAGGGUUCUACCACUGCAAGUCUAAGAAUAAUUAUGGCCAGAUCAACUCGUCAUCUCAUUUCAUUGAUGUCCGCUCUAAUUACACCUGGUACAAGGAGAAUGAAGACUCACCUAUAGCAUCAGGACAGAUAUUCACCAUCAUUAAUUUCAGACUUGAACACAGUGGGAAUUAUUACUGUGAAGCCCAGAACAGAAGAGGACGUUAUAGCUCCACCUUACAUCUGAUUGUUGUGAAAGGUUUAGGGAAAUCAGUAUUUAUAAUGAACAUCAUCAAGUUGAUUCUGGCGGUCCUGAUGCUGAUUCCUGUGCUUCUUCUGCUUCUGUGGAUGAGGAAGAAGAAAACUCUGAGCUCCACCACUGACCUGAAUGAACCUGUAGAGACUAUAGAGUUGGACUCUCGUCUUGACUAUGAGAACGUCUCAGACUUGCAGGUCGUCACUGCAGCACAGACAGAAGACACAGAGGAGCAGGAAGACCUGCAGUAAAAUCCAGUCAUGUGAUUUUGUUCUGAUGCAGUCUAACCAGAGGCUGGACUCACCUGAUGGAAACAGAAAGUAGAACAACAGUGAAAUAUGACAGUGGAGAGAGAG